UAGACUGUGUAAUAAGAAUAAACGAACCUACACAGCCUGAUAACCUUUUCAUACGGUCUCAAGUCAUGAAUUACACUUCCGGUCUUCGUGUUGAUUCAAGCUUGGGAUUUACCUCAGUGUCAUGGAUCCCAUUUUUCUCAGGAUUCAUGGCUUUGGUUUUGUUGGUGAUAUUUAUGAUGGACAAAUGGUUAACUAUUUGUCUAAAGAAUAACAAACCUCGUCGAUUCCCUCUCCCUCCUGGCCCAAAAUCCUUGCCUUUCUUUGGUUGCAUUUUCCAAAUGCUGAAAAACAGACCAACAAAUCGAUGGAUAUGCAAAGUCAUGGAUGAUUUGAAUACCGAAAUCGCAUGUAUCCGCACUUUCGGUGUUCAUAUCAUUCCAGUCACUUCUCCUGAGCUCGCUCGCGAGUUCUGCAAGAAACAAGACUCGAUUUUCUCCAGCAGACCUGUUUUCAUGUCUGCAGAACUUUGUAGUGAAGGAUUCUUGACAACCGCCCUUUCACCUAUGGGCGACCAGUACAAGAAAAUGAAGCGAAUGGUCGUUUCCAGUGUCCUCUCACCUGCUAAACACCAAUGGCUUCAAUGCAAGCGGGCAGAGGAAGCAGAUCAUUUGGUUAAUUAUGUCUACAAUCAGUGCAAGUACAAUGCCACCGGUGGGCUAGUGGACAUAAGAUUGGUUACGCAACACUACUGCGGAAAUGUGAUUAGAAAGAUGAUUUUCAACAUAAGAUUCUUCGGGAAAGGAAUGGAAGAUGGAGGACCAGGUGCUGAGGAAGUUGAACAUAUCAAUGCACUAUUCAAAAUCCUUGCUUAUUUGUAUGCAUUCAGUUUAUCAGAUUACAUGCCCUGGAUGAAGAUUUUUGAUUUUGAUGGCCACCGAAAGAUUCUUACUGAGGCCGUUGCAUGUGUACGAAAGCACCAAGAUCCCGAAAUUGAAAAAAGGAUUAAAAUGUGGGAGAGUGGCGUGAAAAAUGAGGAAGAAGACCUUCUGGAUGUCCUAAUCAGGCUCAAAGAUAGCAACGGCAGACCCCUCUUAACAACUGAGGAGAUCAGAGCACAAAUUACUGAACUAAUGUUUGCGACAGUCGACAAUCCAUCAAAUGCUGUGGAAUGGGCAUUAGCAGAGAUGCUAAAUCAACCCGAAAUUCUUCAAAAAGCCACAGAAGAGCUAGAUGCCGUGGUUGGGAAGGAUAGGCUUGUUCAUGAAUCUGACCUUCCGAGGCUGAAAUAUGUGAAGGCCUGCGUAAAAGAGUCCUUGCGGCUCCAUCCGUUUGCACCCUUUAAUGUUCCUCAUGUAUCCACUCAGGACACCGUUGUUGGUGGCUACUUCAUUCCGAAAGGUAGCCAUGUUAUCCUGAGCCGUCCAGGACUUAGCCGUAAUCCUCGAAUCUGGGAGGAUCCGCUGAUGUACAUGCCUGAGCGCCACAUGAAGGACAUGGAUGAUGCUAGAAUGGAUCUCAACGAUCCAGAAUUAAAUAUGUUUUCCUUCAGCACCGGAAGGCGUGGAUGUCCAGGAGUCCUUUUGGGCUCUACACUCACUGUGAUGUUGCUGGCCAGACUUCUUCAAUGCUUUAGCUGGAAGAUUCCAUCAGGUCUUUCCCAGAUUGAUUUAGCAGAGUGCGAGGAUGCUGGCGUCCUGGCCAAACCUCUCGUUGCAGUUGCUGAACCACGAUUCCCACAGCCCAACUAGGAUGAUGCCUUCUCAACGAUUUACA